CGUCAUAUUAACGUCAUGUUUUUCGUUUCAAAAUGUCGGUGCUAAACAACAUACACACAAUAUUCGGCAUAUAAUUUACAAGAAAGGGGUUCAAGAUUUUCAAGACAUAAGAAGACGACACAAUGGUCGUUUCAAUCGUUUUGAAGGAAAAAGGAAGAAACAGACUCGGGGUAUUGACGGCAAUUCUUUCUGCAGUUCUAGCUCUAGCUGGAUUUUGCAUUAUAUUCGUUGGCUUAUAUAUUCAACUGCAUAUUACUGAUCAACUUAUUCUCUUAGAGAGUUACGGCUCAGGCGUUUUACCACAUUUUAUUGUUAGUGUCGGGGUUAUCAUGUUUUUGAUAAAUGGUGCGACUGUGAAAUUUGCAUAUGACAGUGGUUUCGCCGAAACAUCCGAAAAAUUUCGCCUUGUUCUUAUCCCAGUAUUGAUUGUAAUGUUUUUGUUUAUUUGGGUCAUACUUGCUGCUGCCAUAAUGACCCUGUCUAUGAGAGGAGAUGUCGAGGACGCACUGCAUGCCGGCCUUAAAGGCGCCAUGAAACGGUAUAAGAAAAACCUACCUGUGAAAGUUACAAUAGACAAAAUGCAGAUGGUAAUGAGAUGUUGCGGCAGCCGCUCUUAUAAAGACUGGUUUGAAGUUGGAUGGAUAAACACGGAGUAUGUCGACACGCAGGAUGUCGAUGUAAAGAGUAAGAUGAGAGACGGCGAUCUAUUUACAGACGACGUCCCCUUUAGUUGCUGUGACAUAAAAAGUGCACGUCCAUGCGUUUCACACAGAGUUACUGAUAAAGGACAACACAGCAAUUACGAGAAAGUGACACUGUAUUCCAAUGGAUGUACAGACACUAUUAUGGACGAAUUCGAGAAUAGGAUUCUCAAGCCUGCCGGAUCGGUUGUGAUGCUAUUGUUUGGUGCACAGGUGUUUGUGAUGAUUUUAUUGAGAUAUCUACAGACCUCAGUGCAGGGUGCAUUUGAAGACGGUGACAUGGAAGGACCCGGGCGAGGAUUUCUGUUCCCCGCCAUGUGUACAUCAUGCACGAGUGGAAACCCUGAUAAGUACAAAGAUGGAGCGUUGAAAGCCAUCCGUGGAGAAGGCGGUGACAAUUCGACAGUAGGCGACACAACACAAGACAGUUCUUUACUACCAGACGGCCUUGAUUUGCUCAUGGAUGAUAAAGGUGGUGGCGGCGGUGGAGAUAAAAGUAAAAGUAAGAAAAAUAAAGCAAAAUCCAAGAAAAAACCGCCCAAGAAAUCUAGAACUAAAUCUAAAAGAAAGUCAAAAAAGAAAGGAUUUAAGAAGAAAGGUGGUGGCAAAAAGAAAGGCGGUGGUGGAAAAAAGAAAGGUGGUGGCGGAGGUGGAAAGAAACUUUCGUGUUUUGUAGAGCUAGAAAUAACGUCUAAUGUCGGUCAUGACUUUGAGGAAUCAAUGAUGUCAGAGAUACAGCGAAGUGAGGAUUUAAAUGCAGAUGAUAUCACGUUAGAAAACGCAAGCUUUAGCAGCUUAACGGAUUUAGAGUCAGGGACAAACCUUUUAAAUGAUAGUAUCAACAAAAUGCCCAAUUUCAAUCCUGACAAUUCUUUACAGCACAGUUACAUACAUGAAGACAAUUUACAUGAUUUAAAUGCUCUCAGAACAACACGUGAUAGUAUACACAGACAGAAUAGGAAUAACAAAGAUGAUAAGGGUUCUAAUAUGAAAAUAACAACGGACAUAGGUGGAUUUGUAUCCGAACAAUACGAUAAAAGGGAUAGGUUGGAUAAACAUCACAGUUUAAAUAGCUCAAAAAUGUCCCAUCAAACAGAAAAAUCACCAAAAAAAUCACUGUUUCAGUCGGCCAGAGAAUCACAAUCCCCCAAAAAGUCAAAAACCCCUAAAACAGCAAAUUCAUCUUCUUCAUCACCAAAAGAACCACGAUCCCCCAAGAAGUCAAAAACCUCUAAAACGGAAAAAUCAUCUAAAAAGUCUAGGUCACCAUCACCAAAAGAACCACGAUUCCCGAAGAAGUCAAAAACCUCCAAAACGGCGAAAUCAUCUAAAAAGUCUAGGUCACAAUCGCCAAAAGAAUCACGAUCCCACGAGAAGUCAAAGACCUCCAAAACGGCGAAAUCAUCUAAAAUGUCUAGGUCACCCUCACCAAAAGAACCACGAUCCCCCAAGAAGUCAAAGACCUCUAAAACGGCGAAAUCAUCUAAAAGGUCUAGGUCACAAUCGCCAGAAGAAUCACGAUCCCCCGAGAAGUCAAAGACCUCUAAAACGGCGAAAUCAUCUAAAAAGUCUAGGUCACAAUCGCCAAAAGAAUCACGAUCUCCCAAGAAGUCAAAGACCUCUAAAACGACGAAAUCAUCUAAAAUGUCUAGGUCACCCUCACCAAAAGAAUCACGAUCCCCGAAGAAGUCAAAAACCUCCAAAACGGCGAAAUCAUCUAAAAAGUCUAGGUCACAAUCGCCAAAAGAAUCACGAUCCCCCAAGAAGUCAAAGACCUCUAAAACGGCGAAAUCAUCUAAAAAGUCUAGGUCACAAUCACCAAAAGAACCACGAUUCCCGAAGAAGUCAAAAACUUCCAAAACGGCGAAAUCAUCUAAAAAGUCUAUGUCUCCAUCGCCAAAAGAAUCACAAUCCCACAAGAAUUCAAAAAAGCUCGAAACAGCGAAUUCAUCUAAAAGGUUUAGGUCACCAUCGCCCAAAAAAUCACGAUCCCCCAAAAAGUCAAAAACCAAAAGGUCAAAACCUGUCAAGAAGUCACGAUCGCCAGCAAAAUCAAAACCACCUAAAAAAGGAAAGACACCUAAAAGAGGCAACAUAAUGUUGACAAAACAACUGCAGCUUAAAGGCGGAUAAUAUAUAGUGUUCGUC